CUAAGAGACAAGAUAAGGUAAAGAAAGAUGACCUCUAACAGUGUUAGUGUAUUGUGCUUAAGCGUUGCAGUUUUAGUUGCUUUUGCUUCAGCACAAGGUUAUGGCAACACUAUUAUGAUCUCAAGUGAAAUGCCAUACGUAGUAUCUGAUGUUUUGUCAGGAGGAGGACUUUCAGUAACAUGGCCAGGCUCCAGAUUAAUUAACGUGGUACCCUCUAAUAGUUUACAACGCAUAGUACCGAGCGGAGCCCAACCAUAUAUAACCCAAGGAAGUGGAAUUCCACAGACGCUACCACGGAAUAUACCAAAUGUAAUGUUAGGAAAUGGUAUACAUGUACUUGGAGGAAUGCCAAGCAACAUGCCCCAAGUAAUUACUGGUGCAGGUAUACAAAGAACAAUGCCUGGAGUCGGAAUGUCAAGUAUGAUGCCAGGUAUGGGAAUGCCAUUUAUAACUGGUGAUAUGAUGGAUGUACUAAAAGACUAUUACCAAGCCGCUGAUUUGAUGAAUGUGAUCGGUCGAUCAUUUGGAAUGAACGGUUAUCAAUACCCAGCACAAAGAACAGUCAUGAGACCUGGCCCAAGAAUGUUGAAUUAUCCGACACCAUCCAGUUCUCCAUCUACAGCUACCGUUGCUAAAACCAAAACCAUACAUAAACAAACAGAUCUCAAAGUUUCAAAUGUAACAUCAUUACCAACAACCAAUCCAUAGGAUGAUUUUAAAAGGGUAAAGUCCAAUAGUAUUGAUUAAUUUUCAGAUACAGAUAAUUUUCAUUCAAUGCUAUUUAUAUUUCCAAACAAAACACGAUCAUAAAUACCAUUGUCAAAUUGUAGAAAUCUAAUAGAUUGUGGUUCAAUAUUUCACCAAAACGCAGACGUUGUUACAGAUGAACAACAUUUUGUUUCUAAUUUAUUUCAGUGUAUCUAUUAGUUUCAGAAAACUUUAGUUUGUUUCUUUAUACUGAAUGUCUGGUAUAUAUUAUAUAACAUAUUAUGUUUGUAUGUUUGUUACAUAUUUAUGUAACUUUCGUGCCAGUGCUUUCGUAAUUUCAAUUAUAUAUUGUUAUUACAUCUUUCACCAAAAUUACAGCGAUCACAAGUCACAAUUUUACCUUGGUCAUUGUUAUAAUCGCAUGUAAGAAACCACCAUUUCAUAUGAUCUAAAUAAUUAUUUUUGUUAAAGGCAAUUAUGACACGAACAUUCUUUUUUUUUCAAUAAUUUGUAUUAAAAAUUUGUGUAUAAAGAAGAGUACAUUAUAAUAUGUAUUAUUAUAUUGUUAUAAAGGUUUAAUUUUUUUCACUAUAAAUCAUUUUAAGAAUUAGUUUUUGUGAAUUUUUACUCCGCGGAUGCGGAUGCGAAUAUAUUACAUGCUAAACUUAUUUCAUUGAAGAAAAUGUAGAAUGUUUAAUUCUGCUUGCUUAUUCAGACGAAACUUGCCGUCUGCUGUUUAAAAAUUCACCUGUUCAUUUAACUAUUUCACUGAGUCAAUAGUGGCGGGAGAUAAUUCGUAUGAACUAAUAUCUGUAUCCUAAUCAGAUUACUACCAAUCUCUACCAAAAAGGGAGAAGAAUACCCAAAUAAUAAUUUUGUAAUUUUAUUAACAAUUUGUAAGACUAUCGAUUAAAAAUAUCUUUCGUAAUAAACAACUAAAAUAAAAAUAAAAUUAAAAAAUAAAACUAUAAGGUAUAUUUUACUCAUUUUACUAUUUUUUUCCAAAACUAAUAUUAAAUCAGUUUAUCCUCUCAAUUGUCGUCCACUAUAUUUCAAACUCAAAUUGGUACUGAUCCACCAUGACCACCAUGACCACCAUGACCACCAUGACCACCACCAAUACCGGAAAUAGUUUUGACGAUAGCACCAAUACCAGUAAAUGUCUGAGUUGGUGGAGGACCUUUUCCUCCACCUUUACCCCAGGCUCCUGUUUGUGGAAGAAAUUGUCCCAUGGGAAACUGUGGUCUAGGAUUUGGAAAAUUUCCCAGUCCUGAUCCAAAUCCAAAGCCUGGCAUAGCCAUUCUACUACCAUACAUAUCACUCAAUGUAUCCAUCAUAUCGGCAUUCAUAAAUGGGCCUCCUCCACCCAUAAAUCCUGGUAAACCUUGUGGAGAAACCACCACUAUUAAAACAGCUAAACUGAACACUUUAUACGGCAACAUCUAAAG